AUGUCAUUUUGUUGUUGGUGUUGUAUUAUAUCGCGAGUAAUAUCAGUACUAGCAAUUUUAUUGGUAUCAUCAGUAGGUCAAGCACAAUUUACAACUGAUGGAUUCCCAUACCAAGUAUUUAGCAAUAGUUCAGCCUGGAAUCAAUUGAUUCCAUCUGGUGCCACCGUCGAACCAUUGUCUGCCUCGAUGUUACUUUUAAUUAAAAACUCUCAGACGACCAACGGCCUAAGCUUCGCCUACUACCAAUGGACUGCUCCAUUGCACAAUGUCGACAGCACCACCUUUACCACCCGUAUCAACAUUUACCAACCACAAGGAGAGUUUUACCACAACUCUGUUGAUCCACUCAAUACCGGUCAAAUCUUGAACCUGCCAGUUCCCAGCACCGUCAACCCCGACCCAAUGGCCGACGGACACAUGAUCGUUUAUGAUCGUGCCACAUACACCUUUUACGAGUUUUCACGUUUCAUCUGGCAAAACUCUACUUGGGCCAGUGCCACUCGUUUCGAUCGUUUCCAAUACGAUGUUAGUGGUAGUUAUCCAGCUUUUAAUGCCGGUGGUUCACGUUGGUGGAUGCGUGCCGUCCGUGGUGCAGGCUCUACCUUUAUCGGUGGUCUCAUCCGUUGGGACGAGCUUGUUGUCCGUGGUGAACUCAACCAUGUCCUCGCCAUGUCUGGUCCAGUCAACCGUAUGCGUAAGACCGAGUCGCCAGGUUACACCUAUGAGCUCUGUUCACCCGUCUCUAGUCGUACCGAUGGCUGGUACGUCGGCACCAACACUGUCAUGGAAGGUCAACGUAUCCGUCUCAACCCAUCAUUCAACGUCAACUCACUCACCGGUACCAAGGCUAGAAUCAUCGCCCGUACACUCCAACUCUACGGUGCCUACGUCGUCGACAAUUCAGUUGAUGCCUCUCUCUACUUUGAAAACAAGGGUGGCAACUAUGCUACCUCUCCUUGGGCUAGCUUUGCCAGUGAUAUUGGUCAAAUUCAAGCUAUCACUCUUGAUAAUUAUCAAGUACUUACUUGUGAUACUCCAGUUACCAAAUAA